AUGAGGCGGUCAACAAGAAUUUCCAGAAGUGGAACUUCGCCACAAGAGGAAGAAAGCCAGUCUGAAAAGGUGUGGCAGUGGCAAGGCAAUGAAGGGCAGUGGGAGACAUACUCUCCAUCAGACUGCGUCCUCCUUAAUUCGGCUGUGGCCUCGGGGGAAACCUCCGUGUCCCUGAGUCUAGGUUCAGGAACUGUCUACCUGGUGGACCUGAAGAAGAUGGUCCAGGUCAACACCGUCACCAAAUACAAGCGAAAGAUCCGCUCACAGAUGCUAACAACAGAAAGUUCCAACAAUACCGGGGAAGAUCCGAGUGCUCCCAAUGGUGGUCCAGUUGAGGUAGAACAGGAAGAGGAGGUUAAAGAGGAAGUAGAGGAAAGCGAGAAGCCACCCAUUGGAAGCAAGAGGAAACGUAGCGGGAGCCAGUCCAGCACCACAGACAAGCGACUCAAGGAAGAGACGCAGAGCGAAGAGGUUGUGAAGACGGUGGUCAUGAAGGGCAAAGCUCCAGUGGACUCGGAAUGCAAAACCAAGCUUGGAAAGGCUCACGUUUACAGCGAAGGAGUGGAUGUUUACGACGUGAUGCUGAACCAAACCAACCUCCAGUUUAACAACAACAAAUAUUACCUGAUACAGCUGCUUGAGGAUGACGCAGCCAAGGUGUUCAGUGUGUGGAUGAGGUGGGGCAGAGUGGGCAAAGUGGGGCAGUCCAGCUUGAUUUCCUGCGGAGGAGAUCUGCUGAAGGCUAAAUCUUUCUUUAAGAAGAAGUUCUUUGAAAAGACCAAAAACGUAUGGGACCAAAAGGAAGUCUUUGAGAAGGUGGCUGGAUUGUAUGAUAUGGUCUACAUGGACUACAACACAAGCUCAAAGGAGGAGAAGCAGACUCCUGCAGCUGUCGAAAAGGCAGAGAAGACGUCCAAACUACACAUAAAAGUCCAGUCUCUACUUGAACUCAUCUGUGAUGUCAAAGCCAUGGAAGAGGUGGUGCUGGAGAUGAAGUUUGACACUCGCAAAGCUCCCCUUGGCAAGCUGACUGUGGAACAGAUUAGCGCAGGCUACACUGCACUCAAGAGGAUCGAGGCAUGUCUGAUGAGGAAAGAUGGAGGCCGUGACCUGGUGGAAGCCUGCAACCAGUUUUACACACGUAUCCCGCAUGACUUUGGGCUGAAAAGGCCGCCUCUCAUUCGGACAGAAGAAGAGCUGAAGAAAAAGAUCGAGUUGUUAGAGGCCCUGAGCGACAUCCAGAUUGCAGUGAAAAUGGUGGAGAGCAGCAGUGACGACGACGACGAGCUUCCUCUAGACCGAUAUUACCGUUCCCUCAAUUGCCUGCUGGAACCCCUGGACCCACUGAGCCAAGAAUACAAUGUGAUCAAAAAGUACUUGUAUUCCACUCACGCAUCCACACAUAACAACUACACGAUGAGCGUGCUGGACAUCUUCGCAGUGGACCGAGAUGGCGAAAGUAGCCAGUUUCUGUCGCACAUCCACAAUAGGAUGUUGCUGUGGCACGGGUCUCGUCUCUCCAACUGGGUGAGCAUUCUCAGCCAGGGUCUCCGAAUCGCGCCUCCCGAAGCUCCCAACACAGGGUCCAUGUUUGGAAAAGGCAUCUACUUUGCCGACAUGUCGUCCAAGAGUGCCAACUACUGUUUCGCGAGUGACCACAACCGUGUCGGACUACUGCUGCUCUGCGAGGUCGCGCUUGGAAACAGUAAUGAGCUGCUGAACGCGGAUUACCACGCCAACAACCUGCCGGAGGGCAAACACAGCACCAAGGGCAUUGGGCGGACUGGACCAGACCCUCAAAAUUUUGUCACACUUAACGGCAUAACGGUGCCGAUGGGUCCAGGUGUGAAAAUCACGCCCAGUGUGGCUUCAUCGCUCCUUUACAACGAGUACAUCGUGUACAACCCAGCCCAAACACGCAUGCGCUAUCUGCUGAGGGUCCACUUCAAUUACGAUGAUGAUUGUAAUUGGUGA